AUGCUUUAUUCUAAAUUAGAUUUAUUUUCUUCUCAAUUUACAUUUUACAUAGGAAAUGAAUAAACAAAAAGGGGUACUUUAUUUGGAAUAUUACUUUCUUUAUCAAUAAUAGUCUUAGCAUGUGCAUAUUUGAUAUACAUGAUAUGGUAAUUCUUCACUAACUAAAUAGAACCAACUUUUAGAUCAUAAAGCUUCAUUACAGAAGACAAAAUUGAUAUUCCGUUGAGCAGCAGUAUGGUAGGGUUCAGAUUUGAGUAAGGCUAAGAUUCAGGAAACCAAGAAAUCUAACAAAACAAAACUUAUUUAGUAUAUAUAGCAUACUUAUAUUAUAAUAGUCCUAGCUUUUCUUCAUUUAUUCCUCUAAAUGUAACUAAAUGCACUGAUCCUAACCUUUAAGGGUUCAAUUGUCUAGAUUUUUCAAAUGUUUCUAAUUAUACGCUAUCUCUAAGUACAAAAAAUAAUCUUAAAUCAUCAAUUGAAGUAUUCACGUAUGGCUGCUUAGAUCUUGAUAGCUUAAAAACUACGAUUCCUGAUAACUGUGCCACUUAAAGCGAAAUAGAUAGUGUUAUAAAUGGUGUAAAUGCUGUUUUAAAAUUUAAACUAUUCACUUCUUAAUACAACACCACCUCUUAAGAAAUAUAAGUUAACUAUAGAAAUGCUAUCGUUUACACAGUAGCCAAUUAGGCUAUACUAACUCAAUUAAAAACUUAAAAAUAGGUUACCUAAAUAAAGUAGGGAUUAGUAGUUUAAUCCAACUCUGUGUUUUCUUCUCCUAUACAAUACGUUUAGCAAGAUUAAGGAUACGAUAGGUAGUACGCUAUUUAGCAAAUAAAAGCUGGAGCUUAUAGCACUGUGAUUAUAUAUUUGGAUGAGAUCGUUUAGUAGAUCUAAAUAUAAUAUCCUACAUUACCACAGAUUUUUGCUCUAGUAAACAGUACUUUUAAUCUUUUAAUGCUUUUAGGUAUUUUUGGUAGGUUUGCAUCUUAAAAGUCUAUUAACAAAGAUUUCUGUAUGCUUUUUUUAAAGAACCUCUACUAAGAUGAUUUCUUAAAAAUCAUAAAAUAGAACAAUUGCGAAUAAUAAUUUUAACAAGAUAGAGCAUAAUCAAAUAUUAACAAUCAUUAGGAGUUUGAUAGUGUAAAAGAUAGAGUUAAUGAAGAUCUACAGGAAAAUUACAGUUAGCCUAUUUUUAUACCUGCUUUUGCAAAUAAGUAAAAGGCACUUUUAGAUUAAGAUUAAACGUUAAAUACUAAUGAAAUUACUAUUGAAUCUUAAAAUAACAAAACGACUGAACAGCUGUAAAAGUACAAUGAUCAAUAUUAAUUUAAAGAAGAAGUAAAUUAAAAGUAGGAAUUUGAUAAAAUUUAUGCUGAAUAACUUAUCAUUUAAAAAAAAGCAGAAAAUAGCUAUAAACAAAGUUAAUCUUUCAAUAAUUCAAAUCUAAAAUAAUAAAUAGCAUAUGGAUCACCAAUAAAUUAAAUAACUAUUAGCUAAAAAGAUUAAAGCUUGAUUAAUUCAAAUAAUAUCAGUUUUACAAACAAAUAAGUGAUUAUUAAGAAAAACCAUUUUUUCUAUUAAUUAGCAAAAACAUAAUAAAAUCAUUAAAAUAACUAAAAAAAUUAUUUGAAGCAUAACAAAUUUACUUAGAUUCUAGAAAAAAUAAACAAUAGAAGUACUUCUGAUAAAUUUUCGAAUAUCUUAUUUAAAAUGAACUUGUUUAGAAAAUGUGAUCCUCCAAUUAAGCAACAAAAGGAUUUAACAUUAAGUAUUAUUGAAGAGUAAGUUAAGAAGGACUUAAAUAUUUUAAAUUUUGUGAAGGAUAUAAUAUUUCUUAAGAAAGCCGUCAUGAUGCUCUUAACAAAAGACCAACUUGCAGCACUGCAUUUAUUAGGUUUUUCUUCUAAUUUUUUACAUACUGAGCCUUAUAAAUCAAAUUGCAGUUUAGCAUAAAUAGAAAAGGAUAAAAAGUUAAGUCACUAUGAAAUGCAAUAUUCAAUUUUAAAGUCGCCAAAAUUUUAAAUAGAAUAUUUUUAGUAAUUCCUAAAAAGAUGUUCAGAAGAAGAAUAGAAUACUUCUAAUCUAGAUUAAAGGAUAUUAACAUCUAUUGUUUAGAACUAUAAAAUUUGA